AUGGAAAAACAUCUCGUAAUGUAUUUAACCAGAAAAUCGAUUAUGCUCCUGCGGAAGUAUCUACUCGUUACGGAAUCUCAGGUGUCAAAGUGUGGAUUUCAUAUAGUAAAAAAAAAAAGGGACGUGCUAUAUCCGAAACGUACGAAAUAUAGUAAAUAUCGUAAAGGCAGAUGUAGUAGGGGUCGCGAACCGGACGGUACACAACUUGGUUUUGGAAGAUAUGGCACUCAAAGUUGUAGAGCUGGUCGUCUUUCAUAUCGAGCCAUUGAAGCAGCGCGUCGGGCUACAAUCGGACAAUUCCAUCGUGCUAUGAGCGGACAAUUCCGAAGAAAUGGUAAGAUAUGGGUCAGAGUUCUCGCGGAUCUCCCUAUUACCGGGAAACCCACAGAAGUCAGAAUGGGAAGAGGAAAAGGAAAUCCUACGGGUUGGAUUGCUCGUGUGUCCACGGGACAAAUCCCAUUUGAAAUGGAUGGUGUGAGUUUGUCAAAUGCUCGACAAGCCGCUACAUUAGCGGCGCAUAAACCAUGUUCGUCAACCAAGUUUGUUCAGUGGUCGUAA